AUGAGAAAUAAUAAUGCACCAUGGGGUAAAGUCGGUACUGAUGGUUAUUGUGGUCCUAAUCAUGGUCCAAACUGUCAUAUUUGUCGACAGUACGGUGGAAUUGAAAUACGCACUAAUGAUAAAGGACAUCAAUCAAUACAAGGAGAAACAGGGCUCUUCUAUUGUGGAAAAAAAAUGCCAAUAGUACGGGGAAAAGGAAAAGAGCUCGAUUAUUACUCUUGUGGUCCUCAUUAUGGUCCCUGCUGUGAUUCUUGUGCUCGGCUACUGGAAAAGAAAUUCACGAAGCAUCAACAACGUGACAGCUUUCGUAAGGUCCAUUCCAUUCCUCUUCCUCGCCUGCAUAAGGUGAAGACGCACGAUAGAAGACUACGGGUGAUAA